CAAGUGCCUCAGAAGUUUGCUGGCGGAAACCGGUCCCUCUAUCGGCAGAAGUCUCCUGGCUCUCCUCAGAGGAUACGUUGUUGCCUAAGAUGAGUGGCUGUAGGAAGCGGUGUAAGCGUGAAAUCAUGAGAUUUGCCCAGUACCUCCUCAGGCUAAUCACAGGUUCUCUUCACACAGACACUGUAGAAGAUGAAAUGGAAAUGGCCACAGUACGGCAUAGACCUGAAGCUCUUGAGCUGCUGGAAGCACAGAGUAAAUUCACAAAGAAGGAACUUCAGAUCUUAUAUAGAGGUUUCAAGAAUGAAUGUCCCAGUGGUGUUGUCAAUGAAGAGACCUUCAAAGAGAUUUACUCUCAGUUCUUUCCACAGGGAGAUUCCACAACUUACGCACAUUUUCUGUUUAAUGCAUUUGACACUGAUCACAAUGGAUCUGUAAGUUUUGAGGAUUUUGUUAUGGGUCUCUCAAUUUUACUCCGAGGGACAGUACAGGAGAAACUGAACUGGGCUUUUAAUUUGUAUGAUAUAAAUAAGGAUGGAUACAUAACUAAAGAGGAAAUGCUUGAUAUCAUGAAAGCAAUAUAUGAUAUGAUGGGGAAAUGCACUUAUCCUGUUCUCAAGGAGGACACACCUAGACAACAUGUCGAAACAUUUUUCCAGAAAAUGGAUAAAAACAAAGAUGGAGUAGUUACCAUAGAUGAAUUCAUUGAGAGCUGCCAGAAGGUGGCCAUUAAUUUCCUUCAACUGUUGAAAGCAGCUCCCUGCAUUUUGAGCCAGGAUUGAGAGUAAACAUGCAGCAAGAACUACAGCCUGUUUUCACUCCUCUGCCCUUGGAAACUGACUUGCUUUCACACCAGAGACAAUGUGAGGAAGGAUGCAUUUUCAGAAUUUUAAGGAGAUACCAUUAAUACAUAAGGUGAAGAAUGGAAGAAAAAGAAAAUACAAAAUAAUGGUACUGACUAUUGGUGCGAUAAGAGGUUAUGUUACAUACUGCAAAAUGUUGCAUUACACCUCAUGAUAAGGUGGGCUUGAUUACAUUAUACAAAUUGAUAAGGCAAAACAAAACCUAUGCUAUUUGUUGCAGUGAAAAAUAUAAGGAAUUGUAGUUGUGUUUGGAUGCAGUCUUUCCCAGCCUUCCCAGGAUGGCUGAUUAGUGUGAAGCUGUCAAGAGAUCAAGAGUAUGGACUGUGUGCAUUGCUGCUUGUGUGCAUUGUAUUCUGACACCAAGAAGUGAACAGUAGAACGAGGGACAGGAAAGAACAGCGCAGUUAGUGAUAAAUGUAUAGUGAUAUGGAAUAUGGAAAUCAGAACUGGAAAUAGCACAGACGUGCUAGAAUUUGUGUAUUGUUUUAUAUAUCCU